UUUAGGAGGAGAGCGGCUGGCAAUGGAUGUCGAUUUUCGCCAGGGAUUCGCGAAGCUCGCUCGCUUGUCGAGCCUGGCCGACGAUCGCAUUGCGGUACUUGCCCGGGGGGAUGAAAUCGAUCGAAAAGCGGUGGAAGUGGUCCAGGAAUUGCUCGUGAGGCCGGAUUGCACAGUCGUAGUGGCUGGAUGCUUUCGAUCGGUGCUGUUGGAAGUAGUGUCGGAUUUGGUGCACUCCCUUGAGAAGCGAAGUAGCUCGAGUUUGAGCCUGGCAACUCAUGAGUAUGUGAGCGUGGCCUUUAGCAAAAUUCUCGACCUGGCUCCAUUUCUCUCGAGCUCGAUUCUACGCUACUAUACGUUUGCUCCAUCACCAUUUGAGAGACUAUUGCGUAAUGGUCUUGGUGGCGAGUCGUCGGAGGGGCCAUCUCUCUUGGAAGUUUUACGUGCCUCCUACCAGUUCCUCCGGCUAGAUGCGAGAAGCUUUCGGGAGCUGUGGGAUUGGAGUCCUUUUCUAAGUCUUUUGCUGUGGACUGGAGAAUGCCGCGGAGGCACGGUUUUUGAUGUGCGCUGGUGUGCUGUCCAGAUUUUGUCACUGGUGUUUAGAAUGUCGGAUGCUGCCUCGAGAGACUUGACUGCGUCGCUCUCGGGUAUUUCGGAAGAAGAGGCAUUUUCAUGCUUGAUAAGGUGGGAGGAGUUUUAUCGAGAAAUAGCGGUAGGAAUGGUAGAGAUGUUCACUGCGGGUGGUGACUUAGAUACUCAAGAGAAGAGUUCGGCUACUGUACAUUAUGAGUCAGUUGUAAGGUGGAAGCAACGGCAUGACGAGAAGGUCUCACAUGUCGUCAUUUGUGGUGUUGAGCUGCCACUGCGGCCUGAUUUUCAAAGCGGAGGCGCUGUGCGAAGCUCUUUUGUAGUAACGCCUAGUGUGAAGUCUCAAAUGGAAGCUUUCGCUCUGGCACUCAGUCAAAGGCAACCUGUGCUGCUAGAAGGUCCUUUAGGAUCAGGAAAGUCUAGCUUGCUUCGAGAAUUUGCAGGUUUAACGGGAAAUACAGAUGUUUUAUUCAUUCACCUUGACGAUCAACUGGAUACCAAAACGCUAUUUGGCAAUUACGUGUGUACCGAAGUUCCAGGAGAGUUCAAGUGGCAGCCGGGUACACUUACUCAGGCUAUUGAAAAGGGCUUGUGGGUUGUUUUUGAGGACGUUGACAAAGCUCCUUCCGAUCUCUUUUCUUCGCUUGUAUCUUUAUUAGAGGAUCGAAAGCUCCAAAUUCCCGGUCGAGGAGAGGUGGUCUAUGCUGCAGAGAACUUCCGUCUGUUUGCUACGGUGUGCCGAAUGCAAUUUGGUACCACGUGGAAGUCUGGGGAAGGCCGGGACUCGUUUACCUACUUGUGGCGGAAAAUUAUAAUCGAGGCGUUUUCGGAUGUGGAGCUGUCAACUAUAAUCAAGGAGAGGUUUCCAGGACUGUGCUCCCUAGUCCCGAAACUGAUUGGCACGCUUAACAUAGUAAAGGGUACAGUGGCACAAGGUGGUGCCACUGCUCACGUUAGUCGGCAUUUUUCUACGAGGGACCUUUUGAAAUUUUGUAAUCGAGUGUGUGCACUGGUUCCUCGGGUAUCUGAAAGCUUGAUCCUAGAUGAGACAGUACGAGACCACAUAUAUUUGGAGGCUGUAGACUGUUUUGCUGCAGCUGUUGGGGAUACUGUCGAUCGGCAACUUGUGAUGAGAUGCAUUGCUGAACAUUGGAACGUUCCUCUGGAACGUGUGGAAUAUUACAGCCAGUUGUUUAAGCCUCUGUGUCAGGAGCUGCGUUCUGCACUACAAAUUGGCCGUGUUGUCAUGUUUCCGCAGGAGCUGCGUUCUGCAGCACAAAUUGGCCGUGUUGUCUUGCCAUUACAAUCACAAGCGGCGAAAGGGUCAUACAACACGGUCUUCGCUGAUACUGCUCAAACAAUGAGGCUACUAGAACGGAUAGCCCGUUGCGUUGAACAGAAUGAAGCUGUGCUUCUUGUUGGAGAGACGGGAACUGGCAAAACGACUCUUGUACAGAGAUUGGCGUGGCACAUGUCAACUCCUUUGACUGUUGUGAAUCUAAGCCAGCAGAGCGACGCAGCCGAUUUACUGGGAGGUUUCAAGCCGGUAGAAGCGCAAAGUGUUUGUCUGCCUCUAGUGGAAACAUUCAAUGAAAUUUUUACGGCCACGUUCUCUCUUCAGAAGAACAAGGACUUUUGGACAACAGUUCAACAGUAUGUGGAAAAAAAAAGAUGGGUGCUGCUUCUCAAGGCUUUUCGCAUUGCUAUUACAAAAGUUGGGAACCUGGUGGGUGAAAACUCAGAGGAAUCGACUGCAAAAAAAGCAAAGAGACAAAAGCCAGUCAGCCAGAAUCUUCUCGAUAGGUGGCGGGCUUUCUCAGUUGAGCUCAGUAAGACCGAGAAGCAGGUGGAAGCCUCAAAAAGCGCCUUUGCGUUCUCUUUCGUCGAAGGUGUACUUGUCAAGGCACUGAAGAACGGUACCUGGCUACUCCUUGACGAGAUAAACCUUGCACCAGUUGAGAUAUUGGAGAGGCUGAAUGGAAUUUUCAACGGAGGAGGUGGAUCAGUCUGCCUCACAGAGCGCGGUGACAUAGAGAUUGUGCAGCGGCAUCCCAACUUUCGGAUAUUUGCCUGCAUGAAUCCUGCGACCGACGUUGGGAAGCGAGAGUUGCCCGUACUGCUCAGGAACAGGCUUACAGAGCUUUACGUUGACGAGAUGUGCGGCAAAGAAGACUUGGAGGCACUGGUUGCCAAAUACUUGGAAGGCUCCAUGCGUUCUCCGGAAAACAUCGUCAACUUUUUCUUAAAAGCCCGGGAAGAAGCAGAGAAGCGGCUGCGCGAUGGUGCUGGGCAUAAACCUCAGUACAGUUUACGGUCACUUUCCCGGGCGCUCGAGUUUACAAGGCAUGCUAUGCCUGUUUAUGGGUUUGAUCGGGCCUUGUACGACGGGGUUUGUAUGUCGUUCCUGACCCUCUUGGAUCAGUCGAGUGCUCCGAUCAUGGAAGAACUCAUUCAGCAAGUUCUCUACAAUCAGUCCGGGAAAUCAACGAGCUUUUCGAAGUCCCUUAUGAAGGCUCCGGCACAACCAAGUCCAGACCACAUUUUGUUCGAACAGUUCUGGGUGCAGCGUGGAUGUGAGAGCCAAACGGAUGCUGAUACGGCCUUCUGCAAGCGCUACGUCUUGACCAAGAGUAUAAAGGAGCAUCUGAAAAAUAUUGCGCGGGCGGUUUUCAUUCGGAAAUAUCCGGUGCUGCUGCAGGGACCAACUUCGAGUGGGAAAACAAGUCUAGUACGAUAUCUUGCAGCCGUCACAGGACACAAGUUCUUACGGAUCAACAACCAUGAGCACACAGACCUGCAAGAGUACCUGGGUGCUUAUGUUUCAGAUCAUACUGGAAAGCUGGUUUUCCAGGAAGGACCACUGGUGGAAGCUGUUAGGAAUGGCUAUUGGAUCGUGCUGGACGAGUUGAACUUGGCUCCAUCAGAUGUGUUAGAAGCUCUGAACCGGCUUCUUGACGACAACAGGGAGCUUUUCGUUCCCGAGCUCCAGGUGUCUGUGAAACCUCAUCCGCAUUUCAUGCUCUUUGCAACACAAAAUCCUCCCGGUAUUUAUGGAGGAAGAAAGGCACUUUCUCGUGCAUUUCGCAACAGAUUUAUUGAGCUCCAUGUCGACGACAUCCCAGCGGACGAGCUUGUUACGAUACUUGAGAAGAGAUGCGACGUGGCUGCAAGCUAUGCCGGGAAGAUGGUGGAAGUCAUGAAAGAUUUGCAGCGGCAACGACAGGGUAGUAAGGUGUUUGCUGGGAAGCACGGCUACAUAACUCCACGAGAUCUCUUUCGUUGGGCUGAACGACAUCGUCAGAGUGGCAUCUCAUACGAAGAUCUUGCUUGGAACGGCUACGUUCUGCUCGCAGAAAGAAUUCGGGAUUCAAAAGAAAAGGUGGUAGUGCAGACAAGUUUGGAGAAGCAAUUACGAGUGAAGAUAAAUCCUGAUAGAGUUCACGAGUUUACUGGAGCUUCGAGCGUACAACAAACUCAAGAUGGCAAAGCCGCAGUCUUAGGAAGAAUCGUCUGGAUGAAAAGCAUGCGGCGAUUGUUCUAUCUCACGCAGCAGUGCAACGAGCAUAAUGAACCUCUUCUCCUCGUCGGUGAAACUGGAUGUGGAAAAACUACUGUUUGCCAGCUACUCGCGCAGCUGUUGAAACAAAAGCUUCACAUUCUAAAUUGCCAUCAACACACAGAGACAUCUGAUUUUAUUGGCGGGUUUAGACCAGUUCGGGGUAGGGAGAAGAUCGCAAUGCGUUAUGAUGAUGCAGUAUGUACGCUAAAUUCGAUGGGAUGCUUCUCUAAUAACUUGUCCUCGAAGAUAGAAGACUCCGGGGCGACUAUCGACAUUGCUAGGCGUGUAUUGAAGUCCGAAGAAGUGCUCAUAAGCUCUGAGGAGAAGGCUGUUCUCCAUUCAACAGUGACAACCCUUCAAAAGCUACGGAAGGAAUGGCAGUCGCUCUUCGUUUGGCAUGAUGGUCCUCUUGUAGAUGCCAUGCGGAAUGGGGAUUUAUUUCUCGUCGAUGAGAUCAGCCUAGCAGACGACAGCGUGCUAGAGAGGCUUAACAGUGUUCUGGAGCCAAACGGCACUCUCGUACUUGCGGAGAAAGGUGGUUCCGACGUUGAAGAAAUUAUAGCACACCCGAAAUUCAGGUUGAUGGCAACAAUGAAUCCUGGUGGAGAUUUUGGCAAGAAGGAGCUGUCUCCGGCACUAAGAAACAGGUUCACUGAGGUCUGGGUGCCACCAAUUUGCGACUUGGAUGAUUUAAGAAGUAUAAUUUUGGAAAGGCUAAGCGGAUCGGAAGUGGAGUGCCUGGUAGAACCGCUUAUUCAGUUCUGGCAGUGGUUUCAGCAGCGUCAAGAAAUCUCGAAAACAUUGUCCGUGAGAGACCUUCUUUCGUGGAUAACGUACAUCAACAAUGCCGCCCCUCAGAUUGGCAAGUACGCUGCUUUUAUUCAUGGAGCGUUUCUAGUCCUCCUUGAUGGUGUUGGAUUGGCAUCUGCUCUAUCAAGCACAGCUCCAAAGAAUUUGAAAGAAAAGUGCGUCGACUUUCUUUUAACUCUGCUUCCUGAGGAAUUCAAAUCCGAGGCAGAGAAUGCAUGCGCUCUUGACAAAGGUUUUUAUAUAGAAGCUGAUACCAGUCGUUCAAAUUCUUUUGGGAUUCAUCCGUUCUAUAUAUCAAAGGGCAACAUUGACAGUCAAAACACUAAAUUUGAGUUCAACGCACCGACAACAAGACGGAAUGUCAUGAGAAUUUUACGAGCAAUGCAAUUGAAAAAACCAGUCUUGCUUGAAGGAAGUCCCGGUGUCGGGAAGACAAGUUUAGUGUCUGCGCUAGCGGCUGCCUCUGGACAUACAGUUGUUCGAAUUAACCUUUCUGAGCAGACGGACAUCCUUGAUCUAUUUGGCUCGGAUUUACCUGUUGAAGGUGGCAAAGCUGGUGAAUUUCAGUGGUCAGAUGGAGUAUUUCUACAGGCCCUGAAAGCUGGGAAUUGGGUGCUUCUUGACGAGCUUAAUCUUGCUUCUCAAUCUGUCCUCGAGGGGUUGAAUUCGUGUUUGGACCAUCGUGGUGAGGUCUUCAUACCCGAGCUGGGCUUGACAUUUGAGUGCCCGCCAACCUUUCGAUUGUUUGCUUGUCAGAACCCUCUGCACGAGGGUGGUGGCAGGAAAGGGCUUCCGAAAUCGUUUCUCAAUCGUUUUACAAGGGUGUACACCGAGCCUUUGACAUCCGACGAUUAUUUUUUUAUUGCUCGAGCACUGCAUCCAUCAAUCCCAGAGGACAUUCUCUUAAAAAUGAUAGAGUUCAACAGACAGCUGUACUAUGAAACCAUGAUUUUGCACAAUUACGGUCACUUAGGCGCACCUUGGGAGUUUAAUCUGCGCGACAUUUUGCGGUGGUGCACUCUUAUAGAAGGUUCUCCUUUCUGUUUUCGGACCGAGUACGAGAUAAUGUCGCAUUUCGUUCAGCUCGUCUAUAUUCAACGGUUGCGAACUCUAGAAGAUCGAGAUGCCGCGGCAAACCUUUUUAAGCGUGUUUUUGGGAAUCCUUCUGCUAGAUACGCACUACCAGACAUCAUAAUGUCCGCGAAGAAUAUCACAGUUGGACUGGCACACUUGAAGCGGAUGGAUCUCGGGAGUUCUAGAAAGGAUAGCUUGAAGCACCUUCAGGUCCUCUCUGGUACUGGAAGUACAUUGGAGUCGAUCAUGCAUUGCAUAGGGAAGGGGUGGAUGUGUUUGCUGGUUGGUCCUCCCAAGUCAGGUAAAACUACGAUGGUUCGCACGCUGGCGGAGCUUACCGGGAAUUCUCUCUUCGAGUACAACAUGUCGGGUUCUACAGACACUACAGAGCUUCUUGGCUGCUUCGAACAGCAUGACACAUCUCGCUGCAUACGGGAAGCUAUCGCUGCUGCAAAUGUUUCAGCUCAAGCGGUUUGUAGUUUCUUUUUAUCUCAGGCCGUUGGGGAUUACUCACCAGACAGAAGGAUCGGUAUAGUUAAAAAUAUUCUGGCCAGCUGGUCUACACUUCAAAAGACUCAGGUGUUUCAAGUCGAUGGCGCAAGAAAAUCCACCGUAAGUAUGCUGAAGCAGUUUUUGGAGCAGCUUCAAACAGCUCUUCCGAGUACUAGUGGGACAUCGGAUUUCGGCCUCGGAAAGCUCCGGACAUUGUUAAGUGCACUGGAUAUUAAGCGGGAAGGCAACGUUGGUCGUUUCGAAUGGAUUGACGGAGACCUUUUGAGAGCAGUGGAAUGCGGAGCAUGGGUUCUUCUAGAAAAUGCCAACCUCUGCAAUCCCACGGUGCUGGACCGGCUAAAUUCACUUCUUGAGUCGAGCGGCAGUCUCAUGGUUAACGAGCGGGGUCUUGUCCACGGCCAGGCUAUGGUGGUUAAGGCUCACCCCAACUUUCGUCUUUUCCUGACACUGGAUCCGGCAAAUGGCGAAGUCUCGAGAGCAAUGCGUAAUCGUGGUGUGGAACUAUACAUGAUACGAGACAUCGAACCCGAAACUGAAUAUCACGAUACCAAACGCGUGGUAGAGUCUUUCGGAGUCCCCGGGCUGCAGCUUGUUGAUGCAAUAACCAGGCUACAUUUGGAAGUAAGGUCGCUUACGAAGGGUCAUCCUUUCGGUAUUACUUACCGGGAGCUGGGCCAGUGGUUAAGCUUGCUUCAGGUUCUACUUGAACGGGGUGGGAACUUCUAUUCGAGCAUGGUAUAUAGCUGGGAGCAGUCAUAUUUGGCUUGUAUCACUGCGGAGCUACAGUCGAGUGCCAGGGUUAUAUUUCAGCGCCAGAUAUGCUCUCUAGAGCUUACAUAUGAAGCAUCCUUUUAUGUUCCCGGGGGAUGGCCAUCACCACUGUCUCUUCGAGACUAUUGCUCAAGGUCGCAGGAAGCUGUUGUCAAGCGGGACUGCAGAUAUGUCGAGUACAUCGCAUCCAAAAUGCAGGCGUUGGAGAUUAUGUUUCAAAGCCGCGCACUGUUGCGGUCUCCGUCCGGAACGUCUGCUCUGCGCGAGUGGCUAUGGAGCAUCAAGGAUGUCAGUGUACAUUUCCCUCAGAAGUUACUGAGAUACUUGCAGACUUCAGAACACGGGGUUGAUUUACCGCUUACUACCAGCGUCAACUUUGCAGAAAUGGAGAAGCAGCUUGAAUUUGCGAUCUCAUGGGCUUUGGAGCAGGCACCGGUCUUUGAUACUCAACGCCGGGUUCAGUGGCUCCAGAACCUUAUUGGAAAGCUAGCAGUCAAGCUUCCAAGGAUAGUCAACUGCUUGAUGGUGCUAGAAAAAGGCCUCGGUACCACCGAGCUUGGCGGCCACCUCGACAACAAAGUAAUAACUCUGGUGAAGGAGCUAAGAGACACAUGGAAUAGCUUCAAGGGUAUGAUGGAUUCAGAGGGAACAGGCUUGUCCUUCGUGAACCAGAACUGCCUUAUCGAGAGUGACGCUCGAUUGGAGGGCAUGCGAGAGGAUGGGAAAGUAUUAUGGAGGCGGCUUAUAGCGACAGCGAGCAAGGUGACAUCGUUAAGGCGAUGGUAUCUCCAGUGGAAGACGGAAGAUCAGUUUCUCCAGUCAGCUUUGAGCGCUCAUCAGACGGCAAGUCCCAUAAUGCAGUCAUAUCUCCGUCAUAUGCCAUCGCUGGGAGCCGCUGCUAAUGUUUGUAGCGGGAAGUUUACGUGGCUAUAUCCGCUAUUGCUCUCUAUCAGAAGGGUUGAGGAAGCACUUGUGGUGCUCGAAAGCGGCUCAUCUAUUGAGCUCGUAUUGUUUGACUCUCAUGAGUCACUCUGGGGAGCCAUACAGGAUCCAAAUGCCGAACUGGACUUUGUUCGGUUCUGCUGGAAAACGAUGAAGCACAGCAUCUUAGAGCUCAACAAGAAGAAUAAUCUCCGGGACGCAGUCCAGGGUGCCUUCAACCUUGUGCCAGCGAUGGAUGCGGCCUUAAACGUUGGAAAUGCAGGAUGUGCAAAGCCAUAUUUAUGGAAGUAUGGUGGACAUCCACAGGUCCCUCAUUCCGUUGAGUUUUUCGAAUUGGAACGCAGCAUGUUAGCUUUAUCUGAAAGCUUAUGGAUCGGAGAGAGCCAAGAGAAGCUUUAUCUGCGUUCGGACUCAAAAUUGUGGCUGAUGAUUCUGGAAGGAUUGAGCAUGAUAUCUUGCAUUGGUCGUUCUGGUGGAGCCUAUGGUUUUAACACCGCUGUGGAGAUGGGGGAGGCGGUCUCGAAGAGGCUAAACUCUGAACGUGCAAAACUACCAUCUUCCGAAAAGCAGCUUAUACCGUUCAUCAAAUCGGACAUGCAUCACACACCGCAAAGCUUUUGCAGUUCUGGGUGUCACAAAAUUGAAAAGUUCUCGAGAAGUCUUCUUUUCUGGUCAACUGGCCAAGAUUUUUGGCAAAAGUUGCAUCCUCUUUCUCGCCAUCGGGCUUUAUUGCUGGAUGGAAGCCUUAUCUCAAAGUUUUUACCCUCAGUUGCGGAGUUUACGUAUAAUGAAAACUAUAUGGAGUUGUUCGAAAGAAUGGGGCUACAGAGCAAGCUUCUACAUCAUGUCGUAUCGUUUUCCAUGAAAGUCUUGUCAAGACCUUCUGUGGACUUUGUUCCACACCAGCACGUUAUGUGGCUGCUGGAUUCUGAUCCUUCGAAUGCAUCUGCGGCGAGUGUUAGUCAUUAUACGCACGAGAUGGUUUUCAACUGGCACACAAACUUAUGGAACGAUUCAUCCUUAAAAGCUGGCGCGUCCCUCCGUUUUCGGCCUUCAGAAACAAUUUUUGCUGCUUCUGUAACUGAUGGUUAUGCAAAAGUGAAAGAGUAUCAUGCUAAAUUGCAUCAAUUGAAAAUUGGGCUAGAAAGGUCCUGGUUUUCUUCAUAUUCUUCUAUUUCAGACCCCGUAACCGCUGAUAUAUCAUACCUUAGCGCUGUUAUACAACAGGUUAUGUAUUCCCAUAAGAAGUUAUUUCCACAAAUGGACUUGAUUUUUCCGCUUCUUUCCGCUCUUCAUGCUCACAUCCAAGAGAAUCACGAACCUCCUACAGAUAAUACGAACGACUUAAUGAAGCUGCUUCAGAUCCCACAGGAUCCAGAGCUGCAUAAUCUCGUACAAGAGCUAAUGGUACCAUGCAUCAAGCAGAUGUAUUCCACUCAUUGGCAUCAACUGGCUUAUUACGACCGUUUGGUCAGACUCGGUCAAGUGUGGCUACUUGUCGGAAGAAUGCGAUUGGAGUUGUUAAUGCUUGGUUACGGAGUCGAUCCCAUGGCGAAAUACUUAUACAAACAUCAAGUUUUGUCUGACAAACUGAAGAUCGUCAACAUUGAAAUACAGGUGAGGAACGAGAGCAACUUAUAUGUCAGAGGCGGCAAAGACAACGGAGCGACAAUGAAAAUGUUGGUCAACAAGCAAAAGAAUAUCGAGGAGAACGUGGAGAAACUAAAGUCCAAGCUCGUUUCUCGUCCAUCGCCUCCUCAAUUUUAUGAGUUCAUCAAAGAGGCUGGGCACUUUAUGCAGUCAGUCGGAAGUCUCGCCAGAAUUAACAUGUUUGUUGAGGCGCUGGCUCAUGGCAUGGAUGCAGAAAUGGCGGUGAAGGGAAUCACUGCCUGGCAGGACAAUGCCACAAGUUUUAUUCGGCAGCUCUCAACUCGGUUCAACUCUUACCGAGACGUUAUUCAACCAUUUCAGCUGGGCAUAUACGAGUUGAAAUAUGGUCUAUCCCUUCACAGUGUAGCUUAUGAGAAUGGUCGUGUAUUUGAAAAGCGUGGAGACUUGGACACUUGCACUAACGCUGUAUGCUCUCUUAUGUGCUUUCCGUCUAUCCCGCGGCUAGACAGUUUGGUGCCUGCUCUGGACGUUGUAGGCGAGCUAACGGAUCAUUCCGUGGAGAAAUUGAUUGAGAAGGCGAUCCGUUUCAAGUCUGAUCCUAAGUCUUCGGAGCUAGAACUUAAAGUUUCUGUCCUCGUGUGUGCACUCUCACGUCUUACACGUGAGUUCGUGCAUUCGAAGACUAUUACAGACAGCCAUAUGAAGCUUCUUCAAGAUUUGGUAAACUCAAUCAUAGGAAUAUGGAAACAAAUACGUGCAUUUCGCAAAGCGAAUGAUACGGAGGAUUCGGACCAAAUUCGCUUCGUAAGUUUAGGUGGAGAGCCGGAGGAGGAUGAAGCAACAUUUAAGGAGCUCUUUCCAUCGUAUUGGUCUGUGGAAAACUUGGAUGAAGUUUCGGAUGGAUAUGAGGUCCAGAAACUGGUUCCUACUAAUGACCAUGAAUCCGAUGCGGCUUUUAAAGCAAAGCUAGCCUACCUCCAAGACGAAAUGUUGAAAAAAGUUCUCUGGAUGUACCAGCGUAUUUUUUCCAAACUGGAGAUAAAUAAAAGUGUUUCUGAUGACGAUCGGAUGACAGAGUUUUUAAUCUCCUACAACAGUGGCAGAUGCAUUUUAGAAGGAAUCGGACAUGCUGUACCUCAGUUCCUCGAUACGCUUCUGUAUCCAGCUCAUUUGGUAAAAUUAAGCCUGGAACACGGGAACUUCUCGAAUAAAACGAUCGACAAAUUUAAUAUUUACAAGGACGCAUUUCCCUCUGAGCUUUCGAAAAUGCUUGGACCGAUUGAAAAUCUAGCACGGCGAAUCCAUAUUCUAUUGGAAGAAUGGCCUGAGCAUCCAGUGCUACUUCAAGUUAUGCAAUUCGUGGAGUCGCUGCUUUCCAUUCCUGCGUCUUCUCCAAUUGUCAAGGCGGUUUCAGGGUUGGAACUGGUCCUUGCCAAAUCUCAAGUUUGGGAGCAGAGUGCUUCAAAGCAGUUUUCUUUGGCUGAGGUGUUGACACAAGUUUCCAAGCUUGUAUUGCAAUGGAGACGAAUGGAGCUUGAAAGCUGGCCGCAGUUAUUAGAAAAUGUGGAUCGGCAGCAGGAAGCAAAUGCGAAGCAGAUGUGGUUUUCUUUUUACGAUUUACUUCAUCAAGGUGAAGGCUUACAGGUGAAAACUAUUAUUGAAAGCUGCGAAGAGUUUUUGCUAUCCUGCCCGAUAGGCGAGUUUCAAUGUCGCUUGGGGCUCAUUGAGGCGUUUUAUCUUGAAUUUGGGUUCUUUUCUCGCAUCAGUUAUAUCCACGAAAGGCUGUCAUUUACUUUGUACAAUUUGCUACAUUAUUAUUCGCGAUGGAUACCAGCAGUUCAAGAUGCACUGAGCUCUGGAAAAGAGCCGUUUUCAAAAGAACUGGCCGACUUUGCUCGACUCGCGAAGUGGGAAGACUACAAUUACCAUUCAGUAGUUUCCACGGCAGAAAGGUCUCACAGGAAGCUGCAUAAGAUCAUUCGAAAAUACGAGGAUUUUCUUAAACGCCCUGUUAUUGAUUUAUGCAAGAGCAAGCGUGUAGAGGAUCGAUCUAGUAGGAAAAUUAACGAGGAUGCUUUAUCAGAGCCGUUCUCUCUGGAGAAAAACUGGACGCAAUUUUGCUCAAGCACUGUUGGCACCAUGAUGUCCAUUUCGAAAGGUGAUGGUGUAUUCGAGACAAAGAUGCUAAAUACUGCUCGAAAACUCGGGCCACUGUUGUCCAGCUGCUUUUUUGAAAAUUCAGCACGUGAAAUGAGGCAAACCGGACCGGCGUUACUGGAUGCGUUAGCCGUCGCAGUUAUAUCUCGAUCCACGGAAUUGAGUCAGGAGAAUAAAAGCCGUGCUCUGAAGAAGAAGGCGCUUGUUGAUCUUCGAAAAAGCCUCAAGGACUUAGGCAUAUCUCAGUAUAAGUCUGAAGUGCCAAAGGAUAUGCGUGGGAUUGAAAACUGGUUUCAACAGCCCGUAGCCGAGCUUAGCACGCUAACACGUGACAGUUUAGAAGCUGCGGACCGGUGUAAUAUUGCGUCACUUUUGAGACAAAGUUCGUUGCCAGUUUGGGAGCGAGCAAAGGAUUACUACUUUGAUAAUAUUGCUCUGUUACUGGCGAUCAAAAGCUCAAAAUGCCACGAAGACCUUGACCACGCAGAGGUUGAUAAAUUCAUUCGUUACAUGGAGUAUACGCUUUAUUUGCAACAAAAACAGCGGCGGAAAAUACAUGAGUUCUCUUCUAGCCUAGCUGCAGUCGCUGAACUUACCAGACAACUGGAAAUUCUUGAUGCCGAGCCAUUACCAAAGCAGGGAUCUACACGCCACCUUAUGUGGCAGCAAAAGAGUUUACUUGAUGAAAUUUGUCAGCAGUUUGCAGAAUUAAAGCUUUUCUUUGAUACUGUACAAAAGGUUGAAUCCGCAGCGAAACCUGAAGCAGAUGUUCUCAGUGUCAAGCUCAAAGCUUGUUUGGAAAAACUUCAAACUUGCAAGGCUGUACUCGAUAAACAACUUGUUCUUGGAACUUAUGUGGCGAAAGGAGAUGAUAGUCUUCUUAUUAUUACCAGAGACAUGUCUGAAAUCGUUCAUAAUAACUUUAAGGUUAUUGAUGAAACGGAGCGUACAAUCAGCAUGCUGAUAUCGGAGAAUUCUCAUGGAGAUGGUCCUGUCAAUAUUUUGCUCACACCAGCUCAACAGCUGCUUCAGAAAGGCGUGGAAGUGUCCAAGGUGCGUCCUGCUGCUAAAACAUGCUCACCCUCCGAAAAUGGACUAGCCAGCAUUGCAUCACGAUAUGAUGAAGCUCUUUCUCAAGUUCGGCUUGCGGGCCAAAAGGUUCAAAGCCUGGCAGAUGCUUCAUUGCCAGCCGAGAAUACCGUCCAUACGUUUGAAUCGCUACUGGAAGAAUCGGUGGCAGCUCUACGCCUUGAUCAAAUAUAUAAAUCUUCGGUGGGCACGAUUAAUCAUGUGGUGAAGCUUUUGGACGAUGGACUAGAUGAGUUGGGGCUUCCUUUCGUAAAUUUUGUACGCUCCUUGUCCUUACUUCUGAACUUACUGGUUCCCGCGGGUGCAACAGUGCUGUGUGAUUAUAUCGAGUUACAUAAAGCGACUGCAAAGCUGGGCUACAUAAUUUUAAGUGUGCUCAGUCAACUGAAUCGUGAAGGGUUUUGUGGAGCUCGUGAGGAAGAUGGCGAAGAAUCAGACAAGUUUCAGGCCGCUGAAGGGACCGGUAUGGGAGAAGGCCAAGGAACAAAAGACGUCAGUGAACAAAUAGAAGACGAGCAACAACUCCUUGGAAGCGAGGAUGCUCCCACGGAUCGCAAGGAUAAUGAGAAGCUUGACAAAGGAAUCGAAAUGGAGGAAGACUUCAACGGAGAAAUGUUUGACGUUAGUGAAGACGAGUCAAACGAAAGCGACGGAGAUGAAGAUGGUGAUGAAAAGCUGGAAUCAAAAAUGGGAGAACAAGGUGAAAAUGAAGAGGUGGUUGAUGAGAAGAUGUGGGACAAGGAAGACGAGUCUCGGGAGGGAACGGAGUCAGUUGAGCAGGGACAGUCUGUUAAAGACGCAGGUUAUGACGAUUUGGAGUUACGGGGUAAGAACGAAGAUUCGUCAGAAGACAAGGAGGAAGACUUGGACGAAAAGAAGCCGAUAGACAAGGAAUCACGGGUUGAGUCCGAGGACAAGGAGAAUCACACCGAGGAUAAAGAAGACUUUCCGGAAGACAGCGCAUUUGAAGAUCCCAGUGGCAUACAACCAUCACCUGCAGAAAUAGAUGUUAUGGAAGAGGAAAUCCCGGCCGAACAGGAACAAGAUGCUAACCAUGAGGAAUGUGCUCCAAGCAUGGAGGAAGAGCAAACGAAUAAUGGCGUCAACAAUUCCUUACCAGAGGACAUGGACCUGGAUAAAGUAGAAGAAGAGUCCGACGAUGACGAGAAUGGAACAGGAAACGAUGGAGCUAAAGAAGCAGAAGUUGACAAAACUGAGGAACCCGCUGGAACAGACGAAAGCAAGCAAGCGGAGCCUUCCAGUGCCGAGGAAAAGCAACAUGAUUCUCAACUUGAGAACCUGGACACAAACAUGGACGAUGCGGAAAAUGCUGCCGCCGACAACAAAAGUGCCAUGCCAUACGGCAUUGCGACAAAGGCGAAAAAUAAUCCUUUGUCAAAAAGCCUCGAGGAUGGUACAAAGAGGGAGGAACCUUCUGCAGGGGACAACAAUCACGAGCAGCAAAACGAAGCAGCUCCAAGUGCCGGGGCAGCCAGCAGUGAAAACUAUGCUUCUUCUUCCAGCUUGCCGACAGAGUCCGAAAAAAAUGAAGACCUCAGUAGGCUCGAUGCUAAUCCCUACAGAAGUCUUGGCAAUGCUCUAAAGAAAUGGCAGCAGAGGGCCAGGAUGGUGGAAGACGAACAAGAUAAAGAAGCUGAUAAUUCUCUCCAAAUGGACGUACCAAAGGAGACCUGUGAGGAUGACACCUACAAGUACGUUUCAAACGACGAGAAGAGCAAUGCACAAGCAAUGGGUGCGGCAACCGACGAACAGAUGAAGCUCUCUGACGACUUCAGCAAAAUGAUGCAUGAGAGCGACGAGAUCAUGGAAGAAGAGAACAUUCCCCUCGACGAGUCCCGUCCUUCCAAGCAACCUCAGCAGACACUGACGGAGAUGAUGGACGUGGACGACAAAACAGCGUAUACAACGAAGAAACCAUCAGAACGACAAGAGGCUCCUGAAUCAGAGGAGGUGAUGGCGGCAGCACGUGACGAAGAAGGAUUCCACGCUGAUGGAAGUUUCAUCUCUUUUGAAAGGCCCGAAAACUUUCAAAAGAAUUCGAUGUGGAACGACGAUACUCAAGUCAUUCGGCAAGAGUUGGAGACGGAAGUGAUAGCAGGCAUCAAUGACGUGGAGAGUGCAAGAAAAGUUUGGCAAAAAUACGAGCAACUGACGGGCCGACUGUCUCAAGAUCUGGCUGAGCAGCUCCGCUUGAUACUGGAGCCGACGCUGGCCUCAAGACUCCAGGGUGACUACAAAUCGGGCAAACGCUUAAACAUGAAGAAGAUUAUACCGUUUGUAGCAAGUGAGUUCAGGAAAGAUAAGAUAUGGCUGCGACGAACAAAGCCCAACAAGCGGCAGUACCAGGUCGUCGUUGCUCUAGAUGACUCUCGGAGCAUGUCGGAGAGCCACUGCGGACACAUGGCUCUGGAGGCGCUGCUUACAAUAUGCAGAGGAAUGACGCAACUGGAAGUCGGCCAAAUGGCCGUGGCCAGCUUCGGGAAGAAAGGAAAUGUUCGUCUUUUGCAUGAUUUGGAUCAGCCUUUCUCAACUGAAGCAGCAGUCAAGAUUAUAUCGGAGUUUUCGUUUCGCCAGGACAAUACAAUAUCAGAUGAGCCAAUGGUCGAUUUGCUACAGUACCUUACACGUUUCUUGAACGUGGUGGCGACUCGGUAUGCACCGGCUGGGCAAAGGGAUUUGCAGCAGCUGGUUCUGGUCAUAGCUGAUGGCCGGUUUCACGAAAAGGAAAGUCUCAGGCGAUGUGUCCGCGACGCGCUGAGCAGAAGGCAGCUGUUAGCUUUCCUGGUCCUGGAUAAUCCCGAAGAAUCUCUCUUGGACAUGCAGGUACGCUUCUCCUCUGAUACGAGUCCUUUCAAUACAAUGACCACAAUUGUGAUGCAGUCUGUUACGUUCGCAAAUGGAGCACCGAUGUUCUCAAAAUACCUGGACACCUUCCCAUUCCCCUACUACGUCAUUCUAAAGGAUAUUGAGGCACUCCCCCGGACACUGGCAGAUUUGUUAAGACAGUGGUUCGAGUUGAUGCAACACUCGGCAUCAUAGCUGUAAAAUGAAAAACGAGACAGAGAGCUCAAAGUUGGUCGAUUUGUGGAAGAAGAAGAAGAAGACAAAGUCAAGCUUCUCGAUGCUUGUCAGUUCUUAGCCGAAAGGAACUUGCCCA